GGAUCGGGACACCUCUCUCCCCGUCCCCCGUUUUGAGAUUUGAUGCCGUCACAAAAUGGCGUCACCCCCAUCCCAAGCCGGUUAAGGGCUUACUGGUGACCAGUAAGGGUCUGGUGGGGCCACUGCGGCUGGUGGUUGAAGUGGGAGGUGUAGGUGGAAUUGAGUGUAUGUGUGUGGGGAGGGCAGAUAAAUAUCCAAUGUCCGCCUGGUUUCCUCCCCGGGGUCUGGCUUCGAAACGGGGCAAAAGGGCUGAGUUUUGGUGGUGCUGCUGGUGAGGCCUCCCCCAGACGCGGUAGGAAUUGGUGGAGGGUUGGUGGUGGAGGAGGCAGCUGCCUGCUGUCUUCUCUCCCCACCCCUCCUGCCCAUCCUCCUCUUCCUCCUCCUCCUCCUCCCUUCUCCAUCUCCUCCUUCUCUUCCUCCUCCCCCGCAGUAAAUCCUCCUUCCCUGCAGAGCUGGAGCGUGGGGCUGGUGACGGAGAUUAGGCCUCUGCCCGUUGGGGAAAAAAGGAGAAGGGAAAAAAAAGCAGAAGAGGAAAAGGAAAAAAAAGGACGAGUAAAGAAGAAUAAAAAGCAGGGAAAGGGGAGGAAUAAGGAGGGGGAAAAAAAGGAGAAGGAAUAAGGAAAAAAAGCGAAAAAGGAAAGGGAGGAAAGAAGGAAUAAAGAGGAAAGAAGGAAUAAAGAGGAAAGAAGGAAUAAAGAGGAAAGAAGGAAUAAGGAAUAAAAGAAGAGGGAAAAGGAAUAAAGAUAAGAGGAUAAAAGAAGGAAAAAGGCAAAAGAAGAGGAAAACGGAAAACGGAGGAGUAAAUAAAAGAAGAAGAAAAAGAGCAAAAAGGAAUAAAGAAAAAAGAGAAGAGAAAAGAAGAGGAAAAAAUAAGGAAAAGAGGAAAAAAUAAAAGAGGAAAAAAUAAGGAAAAGAGGCAAAAAUAGAAAAAAAGAUUAAAGAGAAAUAAAAAAGGAGCAAGAACUAAAAGGAAAAGGAAAAAAAGGAAAGAAGGAAAAAAGGUGGAGAAAAGAGGAGAAAAGAAGAGGGAAAACAGGAAAAGGAAAAAGAAGGAAAAGAAGAAGGAAUAAAGAAGGAGAAAAGAUAAAAGGUAGAAAAAAGAAGGGAAAAAGAGGGGGGAAAAAGGAUAAGGAGGGCGAGGCAACGCCGGCAGCAAAGCGGCCGCAAAGUUCCUGUUCUCUGGGCUGAAUUUGCAGGAAAUCUCUCUUGGAGGUGCUGGGCUCCAACCUCUCCCUACCACUGCUGCACUGAGUCCCUGGAUUCUUCCCAGGGAGAGAUUUGGGAUGCAGCUGAUCCAGGAUGGACCUAGAGCAUUCCCAGGAGCCUGAUCCAGACCUGCCUGAGGCAGAAGGCCACAGUGAGAGCCUCAUGGAGCAGCCACCCAAGCAGGAAGGGACAAUCCCAGCCCCUUCCAGUGGUGAAAGGACCUCCCAGCUCCCAGAGGAGGACAGAAUUCCAGGUGGCAUCCAGGAGGCUGUUGGCAGGGACGGAAUUCCAGGUGACAUCCAGGAGGUCAUUGUCAGGGACGAAAUUCCAGGUGGCAUCCAGGAGGCUGUUGGCAGGGAUGAAAUUCCAGGUGGCACCCAGGAGGUCUUUGGCAGUGAUGGAAUUCUGUCUGGAAGCCAGGAGGCCGUUGGCAGGGACGAAAUUCCAGGUGACAUCCAGGAGGUCAUUGUCAGGGACGGAAUUCCAGGUGGCGUCCAGGAGGCUGUUGGCAGGGAUGAAAUUCCAGGUGGCAUCCAGGAGGUCAUUGUCAGGGACGGAAUUCCAGGUGGCGUCCAGGAGGCUGUUGGCAGGGACGGAAUUCCAAGUGGCAUCCAGGAGGCUGUUGGCAAGGACAGAAUUCCAGGUGGCAUCCAGGAGGCUGUUGGCAGGGAUGGAAUUCCAGGUGGCAUCCAGGAGGCUGUUGGCAAGGACAGAAUUCCAGCUGGCAUCCAGGCGGCUGUUGGCAGGGAUGGAAUUCCAGGUGAUACCCAGGACAGUGUGGCACCAGCCGGGCAAACCGCGGUGCCCUGCGGCGGGGCCGAGGAGGUGCCCCUGCCUUGCCCCCUCGAUGAGCAUCCCCAGGGUGAUGCCAAGGAGAAGCAACCCUCAGAAGCUGGGGGGGCCGUGGAGGGUACCCCCGUGCCCAGCCCGGCUGCCAGGGCGGUGGAGCCGGCAGCUGAGUGCCCCCAGAGGCGGAGCCCGAGCCGGGACGCGGAGGAGGAUUUCUACUGCGUGAAGUGGAUCAGGUGGAAGGGCGAGCGGACCCCCAUCAUCACCCAGAGCCAGAACGGGCCCUGCCCCCUGCUGGCCAUCAUCAACAUCCUCUUCCUCCAGUGGAAGGUGAAGCUGCCCCCGCAGAAGGAGGUGAUCACAGCAGAGGAGCUGAUGGCACAUUUAGGGGACUGCAUCUUGGCCACCCAACCUCGGGAGCCAUCCGAAGGGCUGCAGCUGAAUUUCCAGCAGAACAUCAAUGACACCAUGAUGGUGCUGCCCAAGCUCUCCACGGGGCUGGACGUCAACGUGCGCUUCACAGGGGUCUCGGACUUCGAGUACACCCCAGAGUGCAUUGUCUUUGACCUCCUCAAUGUCCCUCUCUACCAUGGCUGGCUGGUGGACCCCCAGACCCCAGAGGUGGUGCAAGCCGUGGGCAAGCUGAGCUACAACCAGCUGGUGGAGAAGAUCAUUACCUGCAAACAGGCCAACGACUCCAGCCUGGUCAGUGAAGGGCUGGUGGCAGAGCAGUUCCUGGAGUCCACAGCCUCCCAGCUGACCUACCAUGGGCUGUGUGAGCUGACAGCUGCCGUCCAGGAGGGUGAGCUCAGCGUCUUCUUCCGCAACAACCACUUCAGCACCAUGACAAAGCACAAGGGCCACCUCUACCUGCUGGUGACGGAUCAGGGCUUCCUGCAGGAGGAGAGGGUGGUCUGGGAGAGCCUCCACACGGUGGAUGGGGACAGCUGCUUCUGUGACACCGAUUUCCACCUCAGCCACACCCUGGGCAAGGAGGGGGCCACCGCUGCCACCCCUGAGCAGAGACAAGUGGACCAGGACUACAUGAUGGCUCUGUCACUGCAGCAGCAGCAGCAGGGCCAGGACCCCUCAGCACUCAGUGACCUGGAGCUGGCCAGGCAGCUGCAGCAGGAGGAGUAUCAGCAGCAGCAGCCUCAGCCUCCUCCUCAUUCUCAGCAGCAGGUCCCCAUGCAGGCGCGUGCCCGGCCGCCCGCCGAGCGCAGGCAGCGCCAGAAGCCGGAUCUGGACUGCACCCUCCUGUAGCACCCUGGGACUGGACACUGCUGGGGGGCACCCAGCCCUGCUCUGCCUCCCUCUCCUGUCCCCCCACCAGGCUCCUGGCUAAGCUGGGCAGAUCCUAGGGGGGUCCCUGGGCACUGGAGUCCCAGGGGGCCACAGAGGGGUGGGGGUGUCCUUCCCCUCUUGCCCCAGGGCUGGGACCAGCCCAGUUUUUCCAGUGGCCUUAACGCAGGGGAGUCCCAGCCUGGGGGAUCCCACUCAGGAGGGUCCCUGCUCCUCGACGUGGGGGACACGUGUCUGGGGACACACAGGCACCCCCGUGUCCAAAAUGUGGCCUUAGCCCGUGGCAAAUAAAGGACUU